UUUUCAAAAACAAAAACGACCGUUAAUCCCAACAAAAUCUCUACUUUCUCUUACCUCAACUUUGUUUCUUAUGUAUGCAUAUAAACCCCAAAUCAAAGUGAACUUAUCAAGAAACACAAAAACAAACAUCAAAACCCCAAAAAAAAACCAAAGUUCUCUUCUUGAAUUCGAGAAAAUGGGAAUGUCGAAAUCGAAAGGCAACACACACAACAUCUUCCUUCUCUGCAACUACAUCCUCUUAGGCUCAGCCUCAAGUUGCAUCUUCCUCACAAUCUCCCUCCGUCUCUUCCCAUCUCUCUCCGGUCUCUCCCUUAUCUUCCUCUACACUCUCACAAUCGCAACCGCGGUAUCCGGCUGCUCGAUCUUCGCCUCCUCCACAUCCGCCACCGCGAGCGAUAGAUUAUACGGUUCACACAUGGUAGCCACAGUCCUCACGGCCAUUUUCCAAGGCGCUGUCUCUGUUCUGAUAUUCACGAGAACAGGGGAUUUCCUUAGGUUCUUGAAAUCUUAUGUUCGGGAAGAAGACGGUGAAGUGAUACUUAAACUCUCUGGUGGUUUGUGUGUAUUGAUGUUUUGCUUAGAGUGGAUUGUUCUUGUGUUAGCGUUUUUGUUGAAGUAUAGUGAUUAUUUGGAUGAGAGUGUUGUAGAUGAUGAUGAUUUUAAGGUGAGGAGGCAAGAAGAAGAUCUCAAGGAUUGGCCUUCUUACCCAUUUCAACUCAAGAUUUAAUUUCCAAUUUCGUCAUUUUAUUCUAUUCAUUUACACGUGUGUGUGUUGGUUCUUGCUUGUAAUGUGAUUAAUGUCACACUUUAAAUGGUGUACAAAUAAUUCGUCUUAGUGUGUAUUUUCUUAUAUGAAUUUUUGUUUAGACACAUAAAAAGGUCAACAUCGUUUUUAGGCACUUUAAUGUAUAUUGUUGAAUUUUGACCAAAAUAUAUGCAAUAAUGUUAAUGAAUCUACAGCUAAGAGGUAACAAAGUUUCUCUCUACCCCAUCUAGUAGUAAGAAAUUGUGUGACUUAAAUUUAAUUACAUCAAAGGUAAAACAAUGAACCUAAAAUCAUUCCAUGGAUACAAUCCCAGUAAUUUAGUACAGUUUUUUCCUAAACCCUACUCCAAUGGAAGUUCUCAAAACACCUGACCUUUGAGCUUAUCUCUUCUUCUAUGUGUUUGAUUUAGUGGGCAAAAUAAUCGAACCAAAAGUACCAAACUGGAACCAAAAAGUAAAUUAUAAACUUCAUAACCGAAAGAACCCACUAGAACCAAUCCUAACUAUUUUGGAUACUCAAAAAUACCCGAAAUACAAUUAUAUAUACCGGAAAUACCUGAAAAAUAUCCAAAUGGAUCAUAAACUCGUGAGCCGAAGCACCGGACCCAAACCUGAACCAAACCAAGUUUUUUUGUGUACCUUACAUAGAUCAUAAAUUCUAAAAAAAUGAAAGAACCAAAACGAAAUAUAACCGAUUUCGUAACCAAGUAAACGUCCA